CGGAGAAAGAGAGAGUGGGGACGAGAUGGUGAGAGCUGGGAGGGAACUGUGCGAGGCUGCAGCCACACUUGUCAGCUAGUUGAGCUAACUGUGUUUCCGAAAUCGAGUCGUCCGUCCGUCCGUUCCUAUGAAUAAUAUUUCGGUAUUUCUUCAGAUCUGAUGUUGUCUUCAUCAGCCGUGUUAGCGGUGGUGUUGAGGGCGUGUAGUCGACCAUUGGAAUAUGGGAGUACCUCUCAGCUGCCGUGGAGGUAGUGGUGGACACUUGUUGGGUGGCCCUAGUAAGGUACUUAUGGUUGGCCCGACGAAAGCUGGUAAAACACAUCUGCUGUAUUCUUGGCUCCUGGGACAACAGGCCGUUGUCAGUACACAUCCUACUUUGGAAUUUAAUGUGGAGAAAAUUAUCACGCGAGAUGGUCGUAUCUUUUUGGUAUGGGAUAUUUCUGGGUGUGAACGAUUUCGGCCCAAACGGCGUCAUUUUCUUGAAGGAACUCAAGCCAUUGUUUUUGUGAUAGACAGUGCAAAACCUUUGCAGCUAAAAUUGGCAAAACUUGAUCUCUGGGAGAUCCUGCAAGAAAAUGAACUGAAACUUUGUCCUCUCUUAGUUAUAGCUAACAAACAAGACAGCAAAGGAAAUGGUGAUGGACAAUAUAUACAGCUUCAAUUUAUUACAGGUAUUUGUUUGGCCAACUCCACAAUAAUGCAAAAUAAAUUUGUCUCUAGUAGAAUUUGAACUCUGUAGAGCAAAUAACUAAACUUUAGAUACCUGAAAACAUCUAAAGUCUGGUUCUCUAUAGUUUCAGCUCUCUUUCACUAAAACAUGACUGCAUAUAACUCUAAUAUACUCCACAUUAUCACAUGUGUUUUGUGCAUUUUCCAAACUACUAACUGUUGCAUGUAUUGUCUCACUUUCACACUCCAAAUCUUACUUGAGACAAGAGGGAGUCACUAUAUAGUUACUUGACCAACUAGAAAAAUCAACUAAAUCUCUCUCAAAUCACUCCCUAAUGUUUAAAACAAAAGGAAGGACAUACUGAAAAACGUAGAUCUAUAUAAAAUAUAUAUCUCAAAAAAAAAAGAAGGAAAAAUAAAGAAAAAUGAUGGGUCAUUGCUGAACACCUCUAAUCAAAAUUUUGCUGGAGUCUAAAUAGUAACCACAGAAACGAUUUUACUUCUCUUUCUCCCCCACCUCUUCUUUGACUUGCUGUAGGAUUGGUUUAGAAGUAUUGUACACCUCCACAUCGUUCUGAAGGUUCACUUAUUGCAGCUUCUAUCCCUGAUAGAAACGCAAUGUGUUAAACUGUCGGCAGUUAAAAGUUAUCUCCCUUACUUUUAUUUAAUUUUUUUUCCCCCGCCGUCCGACGUUUGAUAUUCUGUUUUCACACAUAAUACUUUUGUAAAACUCUCGAUAUUGCACUAAAGUCCACCUCUUUGAAUGCAGCCAAGACAUUACUUGAAACAUUUCCUGAAACAGCCUUCUAUCUAGAAUAUGCCACCAUUAAGGCAAUAACUGGUUAGUUUCGUAUCUCAUUAUUUUAAUGGGGAAAAAAUCAUGCUUCACAGUAUUUUUUUAAAUCAAUUUUUUUGUUUUUGGCUGCUGUGCAAAAAUUUGUGAAUUACAACUUAUAUAUUAUAUACCCUUUCUGCAUGUUAGGGCCUUUGAAAUUUUAUGCUCUUCCAAUAAUCAUCAAGUAUAUUCUUGAACUGGAUGGUUGUUUUUUACACAACAAUCUCCUUAUACCAUUCUUUAUCAAAUGUGUACCUUCCUCUGUCUGUGAAGUACUAAAAGGAAAACAAGCGCCUUAAGUCGAACUUCCUUUGUGAAGACCUUCAAUUUUGUAUUCAGUUUGGUGGCAUUCCUUUGCACAUAUUCUAUAUAACUUUACAUCCAUUCAGGAAAUUUGGUCUUCAAAUCAUGCUAUCAUGUUUAAAUAUCUGAGUUUUCUCUUCUAUCCAAGUCAUAAAAGCAACUUCAGAAAAACUGGGACUGUUGUAAUAUCGAAAAAGAAAAAAAAAAACAAAAAAAAAACAGACAAACCAAACAAAAAAAAGGAGGAAUCUCAGUUUUAAUAAAAAGUUGUCAAG